AGUUUUCAGUGUAAACAUGUAAUCUCUGGAAUUACACUUCUAUCUUAGUAGAAAAGAUAAGAAAUCUUUAGUCAUGCCUUCGGUCUCGGCUUUAAGCCGGACCGUGUCUGGCCCGAUAGGACUGCAUGAGGGGUCGAAAGAGUUACCACUUGUAGAAACUAUGGAACUUAUAGAACCUCGGAGAGAGAAGACCGUUCCUAACCAUCUUCUAGAAACAAAAAUAUAUUCCAAAGUGUCACAGAAUGCUUGUGUCCUUGCUAAACCUGCAAUCAUCCAUUUUGGAGGAUUUGAGGUGGAUAAGAAACAUGUGCAGUCCCUACAGAUUGUCAAUGCCUCAACAGAAGUCAUUAGAAUGCACAUUAUUCCUCCACAAUCCAAAUACUUCUACAUAAAAUACAAGAAAACUGAACGCUUAGUGCCAGGGUUGACCAUAGACUGUACUAUAGAAUUCAGUCCAGAUGAAUGGAGAUAUUACUAUGACUGCAUCAGAAUUAAUUGUCCAGGGGAGGAAAACCUUGUGAUUCCCAUCCAUGCUUAUCCAGUAAUGAGUACCAAGGACUUCCCCACACAGUUCAACUUCCCACCCGUACCUGUUGGUCAUAAAAUGACACAGUUAUUUCCCUUGAGAUGUGAGGGACCAGUUGACUUUGAGUACCAGCUUAUUUAUGUACAACCACACCCCUCCUUCACUGUUCACCCAAUGAGUGGUAUUAUUCCGGCCCAUGGACAGACAGAGGUAUCUGUUACCUUUGCUCCUCUAGAAUUUCAGACUGCACUGAUGAAGAUUCAGCUGACGAUUUCCCAAUUUAAUUCCCAGCCAAUCAUGUGCACCUUUUCUGGUGUGUCCACACCAGGUCUAUUGAAGGAGAUUUCUAUGCAGUCACAAGGGAUUGUUGACAACAUCCUAGAUCCCAGAUGUCUCUCACCAUUAGAUAGGUCAAGGGAGAAAAAGAAGUCUUUUAAGAUUAAAUCCAAAGGCUCCCAGCAAACACCACAAAUUCAGGAAGUGGAGUACAAUGGCGUUCGGUUUCCUCCAAAGCUAGAUACUCCGUAUGCUGUGGCCCAAGUCCUGAACCAGGAGCCCGGGAAACUCCGAGCCAAAGAUCUCCGAGACACUGUGCUAGCUCAAAAACAGUCAACUAAUAAACCAGCCACUAGACAAAUGAAAGAAGCUAUGUUUGAGCACAAGGUGAGACAAAAUGUUUACGAAGAAAGGCAGAAUCAACUCAGGUGGCAGGUUAAACUCGGGGACGAUCAGAUCACAAAUUCAGCCCGAGCCAAGAUCCUAGAAGAACGAGAUCAGUCCUGGAAUGAAUAUAAAUAUGACCGGCGUGGAGAUCCAGUCAUUGAGGAAGAAUAUAAGAGAACGGAAACAAAGUGUACUUUUAGGCGAACAUUCCGUGACAACACAGAUUUAGCUCCAGAGACAGCCAUGUUUGAUACUUACAGUAACGACCUAUGGGCAACACGUCACGCUGCACUGGGAAAAUUUGCUCAAGCUGCCAGAAAGGUGAUUAUUCACCUGAGAGCUAACUGGAAGAUCAAGGUGCUGAAGAAAGUGGUACAGGAUAUCCUAGAGCAAGAGAGGAACGUGGAAACUAGGACAGCUCUGUUGGAGAAGAAGGAAAAAGAGGAGGAGAUGGAACUGAUUCCUCAUGACAUUCAGAUAACGGCCAACAAAAUCAAGAAGUACACGUUCCCCACCUACGUCCCUCCCAAUGUCAAAGAUGAUAUGGCCCCUGAUGCACUAGGAAAAGUUCCCUAUAAGCCAUCUGAGGUUGUAGUGAAGAGAAAAGUACCAUACUUUAAUCUGAAGGUUCCCAAGCACUACACACUGCUAGGUUACAAUAAGCAUCUGGUCCACGAGGCCUCCAGGGGGUAUGUAGCCCCGAAACUGGCACGUCCACUCCGAACAGGGGCAGAGGAUGAGAGUAUCAGAAUCACUGUACCUACAGAGGAGAUUGAGGUUGUCGCAGUAGAUUCUGGAGAAGAAGACGUUACACAGGAAGUGACUCGUGAGGGGUCAGCUGUGAAGAAACCUCAGCCAUUGGUUGCCCUAGUACCACCCAAGGCUCUGUUCCAACCAAUAGAAUACCCAUCUCUACAUAUCUUUAACCCUGCCCCUGGGCUACAGGUGUUCCAGGCACCCGUUCCUUACUCUGAGACUGACACAGACUUCCACCUGUGUCCCAUCCCUACAUACUUCAAGAAGGACUUUGCUACUAACCCCCACUCCGCCACCCAGAGGAGAUACCUGGACAGGGAGGAUGUAGUUCGAGGCAUUAUGGGAUGGAAGAAGUUUCCCUCCCAGGGUCUGACAUCCCUCGCUAACACCCCCACACUGACCAGUGUAUGGGUACCACGAUGGGAUGACCAGUUCGGUAGUGACCUACUUCCAGAGGAAGUCCCCGUCCUGCUUGAUCAACUGCCGGAGGAUGACAGACAAAACAUUGAAGAGGAGGAGAAUGAAAACUUCACACAAAGCUCUGAAAUGAUCUUGACCCCAGAUAUGGUUUCUGCACAGUUUGCAAUUAUUGACCCCAAAGUUCCAACAGAAGAAAAAGUUGCACCUGACACUUUCCCACACGGAAACAAGCUCCCAUCAACAAACAUUCCAGUAUCGACAUACGGGCCAGUGCCAAGAGAGAAGAGGGAAGAGGAGCUAGAGUUUUUCAUGACUAAAAAAUACAACCGUUUAGGAUCCAAAAUACAAACUAAAAAUACAACCCUGUCUAAUUCAGUCACAGAUCCAAGCCUGUUACUGAAGUGAGAACGGGUUGCUGCUAGAGAAAACAGUAUUUUAUAACUUUGUAACUCACUCACAUUGAAAGUUUGUGCACAUAUUGAAUUUUAUUCUCUACUUCAAAAGAAGUGUAUAUGAAUUCCAUGAGAAGUUAUUGUAAUUCUGUGAUGUGCAUCCAGGAAAUUUAGUGUACCAGUACGUUCUUUGUGUGAGAGAAAGAGAUUUACAAUGUUUGAAAUGACAGUCUCUGUUAUGUUCAGGAAUAUGUCUUAUUGAUAUGUGAAUUCUCAAAAAUAUGUUUGUUUUUUUUUCCUUUUGAGAAAUCUUUGGUGUUAUGAGUGUAACUAUUGUUAUAUAAGAAAAUCUGAAACAUUUAAGAAUGCUUCAAUCCAAAAUUCAGCCGUCCAGUUCUAUAAAAUGUGUGUGAUAUUUGUGGUUCUACCAUACAUUUUAAGAUGUAAAUA